AUGGGGUCCACUGACAACACCGAUGCCUUCUGGGCAAAGACCAACAAAUAUCUCAUGACAACAGGAGUUCCCUUCUCUCCCGUCAUAAUCACAAAAGCUCUGGGCACCCGCUUGUAUGAUGCUAAUGGCCGGUCAAUUCUUGACUUCGCCUCGGGCCAGUCAUGCUCCCUGCUUGGCCAUUCCCAUCCUGAGAUUGUGGAAGUUGUAAGGCGUUAUGCCUCUGAGCUGGAUCAUGUGGCGAGCAACAUGGUCACCCACCCAGUUGUCGAUCUUGCAGAGCGCCUUGCCAAACUUCUGCCUGCUCCUCUUGAGAAGUCCUUCUUCCUGAACACCGGAUCUGAAUCUAUCGAGGCAGCUAUUAGGAUGGCAAAGUACUAUACUGGAAAAUUUGAAAUUGUUGCCUUCACAUCCAGCUACCAUGGCCUCACUCAAGGCUCUGGCUCUGCAACCUACUCUGUUGGCCGAAAGUUUAGUGGGCCUUGUAUGCCUGGGCAACUUGCUUUCCCUGCACCCUAUGCCUAUCGUUCUCCUUUUCGGAAAGCUGAUGGAUCCUAUGACUGGGAGAGUGAGAUGGACUUUGGCUGGUCAAUGAUUGAUCGACAAAGUAUUGGCUCUCUAGCCGCUUUCAUUAUGGAGCCUAUUCUAUCUAGUGGUGGUGUUUUAGAGCCCCCGGAAGGAUACAUGAAGCGAAUGGCGGCUGAGUGUAAGAAACGCGGUAUGCUGGUUAUUUUGGAUGAGGCUCAGACUAGCAUUGGUCGCACAGGCCAGAUGUUUUCAUUUGAACAUGAUGGCAUUAUUCCUGAUAUACUUGCCCUCUCCAAGAAUCUUGGCAGUGGCUAUGCUAUUGCGUCUGUUAGUACGACAGCUGAGAUUGAGCGUGGCUGCAAGGAAGCUGGCUUCCUUUGGAUCACUACUCACAUGAAUGACCCCUUGACAGCAGCCAUUGGUAACAAGGUGCUAGAGAUUGUUGAGCGUGAUAAUAUCUGUACGAUCGCUACUGAGCGUGGUGUACAGCUUCGAAAUGGUCUCGUUAAGCUCCAAAAGAAGUACUGGUGUAUUGGCGAUAUUCGUGGUCGUGGUCUGCUGCAAGGAAUCGAGAUUAUCUCUGAUCCUGAGACACGGGCUCCCGGUCCUGAUAUUGGACAGGCUGUCUCCGAUCGCGCGAUGGCUCGGGGUCUUGCUUGCAGUCUUGUUAAACCCACGGGUAUGGGCGGCGUCUUCCGGUUUGCACCACCAGUCAUUAUCACCUCCGAGGAGAUUGAGGAAGCUCUCCGGAUUAUGGAUGAAGCAUUUGAGUAUGCUCUUAGUGAAUCCCCGCAUAGAUAG